CACUCGGCGGGAUCAGGAUUGCCUGUGAAGAAAACGAGGUAUCUCCCUGAGGCCUCUAUUCUGCCUGCCUCGAUUGUCUCUUUGUGAAGCAUUAAAAUCAGGAUGUCUACACAGUCAGGGGAAGAAGAUUCGAUACUUAUCAUCCCAACUCCAGAAGAGGAGGACAAAAUCCUGAGAGUGAAGUUGGAGGAGGAUCCUGAUGGUGAAGAGGGAUCGAGCAUCCCCUGGAGCCAUCUCCCCGACCCGGAGGUCUUCCGACAGCGGUUCCGGAAGUUCGGCUACCAGGACUCCCCGGGGCCCCGCGAGGCUGUCAGCCAGCUUCGAGAACUUUGCCGCCUGUGGCUCAGGCCCGAGACACACACGAAGGAACAAAUCCUGGAGCUGGUCGUGCUGGAGCAGUUUGUGGCCAUCCUCCCCAAGGAGCUGCAGACUUGGGUUCGCGAGCAUCACCCAGAGAAUGGAGAGGAGGCAGUGGCGGUGCUGGAGGAUUUAGAGAGUGAACUGGAUGACCCUGGACAGCCGGUUUCUCUCUGCCGGCGGAAGCGGGAGGUGCUGGUAGAGGAGAUUGCAUCUCAAGAAGAAGCGCAGGGAUUACCGAGUUCGGAGCUCGAUGCUGUGGAAAACCAGCUCAAGUGGGCGUCCUGGGAGCUGCACUCCCUCAGGCACUGCGAUGAUGAUGCUAGGACUGAAAAUGGAGCGUUAGCUCCAAAGCACGAGAUUCCUUCAGCAGUGGAAUCUCAUGAAGUUCCUGGCACGCUCAGUGUGGGGGUUCCUCAGAUUUUUAAAUACGGAGAAGCCUGUUUCCCUAAGGGCAGGUUUGAAAGAAAGAGAAAUCCUUCGAGAAAGAAACAACAUAUAUGUGAUGAGUGUGGAAAACACUUCAGUCAGGGCUCAGCCCUUAUUCUUCAUCAAAGGAUCCACAGUGGAGAGAAACCCUAUGGAUGUGUUGAAUGUGGGAAGGCAUUCAGCAGAAGUUCCAUCCUUGUGCAACACCAGAGAGUCCACACUGGGGAAAAACCUUACAAAUGUCUUGAAUGCGGAAAAGCCUUUAGCCAGAAUUCUGGGCUUAUUAAUCAUCAGAGAAUCCAUACUGGGGAGAAACCUUACGAAUGUGUUCAGUGUGGGAAAUCCUAUAGUCAAAGCUCAAAUCUUUUCAGACAUCAGCGAAGACACAAUGCAGAAAAACUGCUGAAUGUUGUGAAAGUUUAAGAAAUUAAAAAUGAAAGUCAGCACUCAGGUCUAUUUCUUCAGAAAUGAAGACAAAAACAUGGAAUGAUACAUAAUGAUACAGUUUGGUCUCCCUAUAAGAAUGUUAGAAAAUCCACUGGGAAAUGUAGAACAUUGUCACUCAACAUUAUCAGUUUGUUUUGAAAGAAAUGGUGUCAUACCUGCCUAGAAACUGAAAUUUUAAACUUAAUUUACAUGUGAAUGCCUGAAUCUUUCAUGUGAUGUUUAUAUUCUUACUAUCUUUUUCCAAAUAAUGAUCUACUUGAUUCUUUGUCUCUUACAAUUUUCUUUUGUAGACAAACACAUUAGUUUUGUGUUGAUCAUGGAAUCUUCUUUGCAAGGAUACAUUCCCUUCCCUUCUACAUUAAAGGGCAAGAUAGGGAUUAUGAAGUCUGAAAACCGAAACCAUCUUUUCAAAAUUUACUCUUCUGUUUUUUGUUUUUUGUUUUUACCCAAUUUGGAUAUGCAUUUCAGAAAAUAGAAGAUAAAAGGUGACUAAAGCUUCAAAGUAAAAUUAGAAGUGAUGGUGAUAAAACAUCAAAAAGUGAAUGGGACGCCUAGAUUGGGAAAGAUGUAAAAAUAUUUGGAUCCCAAGAAUUGAAAUGUAUCAAGAAUUUAUCUAGAUGUAAUUAUCUGCCUGUAGGAAAAUAAAAAUGCUGCAUCCUGUCUGUAACUUGGAGGCAUCCCACUAAUGAAAAUAAUGUUCUCUGUAUCAUUAGAAAGUGGACAGUCUAAACAAGAAUCAUAAACUAUGAAAGUAGAAAAAACACUAGAGAAUUUGCAGUCAAUGACAGUGUUGAAGGGCAAAUGUGAAGGUAAUAGUCCAUCUUGGCUUUUAGAAGAUCCAAUUCAUUAUUAUUUUGCCUUCGUUUUUGUUAAGGAUAGAAAAAAUCCCUGACCAGGUGGGUAACAAGUAUCAGGUUUGUUAUUUUAUUUUUUUGGUAAAAAAGGGUUGAACACCAGGCUAACAAAGCAGCCACGCAUUCAUCCAUUCAACAUUUUCUACCGACAAGGCACUGUGCUGGGUACUGUAGCCCUACCAUCAGUAGGUAGGCGAUUCUUCCACUGUAUAUUAUCGGGGAACUGGUACAAAGCGGUUUCUUGUGAGUUAGCCUCUGGCCCCCUUCUGAGCAGUCCUGGGGGAGCCAUAGUUCUCUUACCAGGGUGCUAUAUUUGGGGGAAAGGAAGACAGCUCAAACUGCUAACCCUAACCAUCUCCAGCAUUCCUCAGAGGUGAGUCUAAAAUUCUAUCACAGUUUGGAGGUUUUAUAAAACUAAUCAAUCUCUAUUAGCAUUGAGGUUGUACUUACAUGUUAAGUUGAAUGGAUUGUUCUAUUUAAAAAGUAAACGACUAGGUUAUUAACAACUAGUUUAUUAACUAUCAGAAUUGAUUGAACUAUUUUUUAAAAGUUUUAAGUCUUAACACAUUUUUAUAAAUGUAUGAAAGUAAUGCAUUGUAGUAGUAAGGUUAUAUACUCCUUGGCUGAGAAUCUGAAGUACUGUGGUUCUACUGUUCAGUGGAAAACUCUGGAAGUUAAAAUAUAGAAAAUGAGAACAGGCUUUCUUAUAGUGGGCAUCAUUGUGUGGAAAAUGACCCAUUUGAAUAAAUAUUUCAUAGUUCCAGAGAUUUUGGUUACAACUGGUGCUUGGAUUAAAUUUUAAAAAUGGAAGGUAAAAUUUGCAUGAGCCUAUUAAAAAGCAUAGUAAUACAUGCAAGGCCAGCUGGUGGAGAAGCGAGGCAGAAUGGGGCUUGUUUAUAGGUUUUCUGAUAAUUAUAAGAAAUGUGCUUUAUAGAUUAAGGUUUAUUGAACUAUAAAUAUGUAGUAAUGAUAUAAUGUAUUUUAAGUUAUACAAGAAAAUGUAGGGACUUUGGGUCUUUUUUUCUGUAGCUGAGAGGAAACAUGUCAAUGUCCAAUAAAGGUAUGGACUCCUCUGCUCUAAGAUGCAGUGAUCUUGAGUUGAUAGAUUGAUUGAUUGAUUGAUUGAUAACUGGUUUCUUUCCAAGUAGGCUUUGAGGUGGCAUAUUUGGAAUUCUGCUAGGAUGACAGGAUUCUUAAUAUCAGAGUAGGUAAGAAGGGGUCAAGCUCUCAGUGGUUGACAUUUCAUGCUUUUUUCGAUUUUAUAUCUUUUCUGUAUACCAAGAAGCUUCAGUGGUAGAUUUGUCUUAAAGGCCAAAGAUGUUUGGUAUAAUGUGAGAGCUUAGACAGAGUAGUGUUAGAGUUGGCAAUUAAGUGUUUGUCUUGCCAGCUCAUAGCCAUGGGUUGUUUAGAAAACAUUCUGAGGCUACGGCAGGGCUCAGUGGGGAAAUGGCUGGAUCCAAAAAGACUGGGUGAUGGUCCACAGGAAAAGAAAGUGGUUGGUGUACUUGCUGUUUCUGAUUAGGGUAUAUCCCCAAUGGAUAAAUCGACCUAAAAUAACUAUUGAGUGAUUUAUGAUUUUAUCUAUACAUUUAUCUAUACCCACGAAGAUAAUCAUAGCAAUUCUGGGGCUGCGCAGCCUCUGAUGAAAUGGUGAUCUGGCAGUUGUCAAGCAGUGGCAACUUUUGGUUAGCAAACAAGCAGUCAGUGUUAAUGGCAUGCAGACUGCUGACACCCAAUAGCCACUGAGCAUUUGCUCAUUACUGGUAAAUUCUGGGUUUCUUGGAGGUUAAGCUCCCUACAUUCACACCCAGUUGGCACUUGAUCAUUUAGCAGUAUGUCUACUGCAUUAAUGUAGGUUGAAGGGACGAUUAUAUGUAUUGAAAUAAUCUGCAUGCUAGGCAUCAGAUUAGACACUCCCUGUCGCACUUAGAUUUGUAGACUAAACAGCAGGAUUCAGAGAUCAUGUGACUUGCAUGUGGCCAAGUAGAGCUAACACUCAAAUCUAGUUCUGUGAACUUCACAGACAUCAAUUUUUCCACAAUGCCAUGAACAGUGGCUGUUAAACCUUGAUUUUAGAUUUUAUCUUUUAUGGUUCAGAGGUUUUUAUCUUUUAUAGUUAACAAAUAUGAAAACUAUUAAAUUCACUCAUUAAGAUUUUUUAUAGUACAGAAUAUGAAGUGAAAAAGAACAUUCUUUCUCAUAGUCUUACUCAGAAGUAAUAAUUACUUGGUCUGUUAUUCUUCCAGACUUAGGCAUAUACAAGUUUAAGCAAAAAUGUGUUCAUAGCCGACACUUGUGGUUCCUAUAAAGGCACUGUUUUGAAGUGCUUUACCAUGGAUUAACUCUUAAUCCUCACAGCAACCAUAUGAGGUAGGUACAUAUCCCCAUUUUACAUGUACUGCUCUGAAAUUUGUCUCCCCUCCUUCCCAAUUUGAUAUAGACAUUGUUUUUCAUGGCUACAAAUACUGUUCCAUUGCAUGAAUAUACUGUUAUUUAUUUAAUCAACCCCUGGAUAAUUUCGUUCUUUUUUUAAAUUAUUAUACAUAAAGGUAUGGUUAAGAUCCUUGUGCAUAUAUUUUGCUGCUUGUGUGGGUAUUUCUGUAGGAUAAAUACAAGUGGAUUUUUUGGGUCAGAGAAUGUGCACAUUCAGCAUUUUAAGAGAUGCCACCCAAAAGAUUACCAAUUUACAGCAGUUUACAAUAAUAAGAGUGCCUGUGGGCACCCACACCAAUCUGAUAGGCAAAAUGUAUUUCCUUCCUUUGAUAAUUAAUGAGGAACAUUUCUUCCUAUGUUUAUUGGCCAUUUGCAUUUCCUGUUAUAAAUUGUGUUUGCCCAUGUUUCUUUUUUUAAAAUUAUGAAAGUAUAAAUGACUACUAGCUCAAUGUAUAAAGCAUAAAUGAUACAGGUAUAAGAACAAAGACUUUCUCCAGCACUUCAAUCACAUUCCACUUCCCAGAGUUUAGUAUACAUCUAUCUAGUCCCCUUUCCAUACAUCUCCAUUUGAAUGUACAUAAGCAUAUAAAAGCUAUUUUUACAUAAACAGGAUCAUAUAUGUACUGUUCUACAGCUUGCCUUUUUUUGGUCUCAAAAAACCUAUUCCUGAGGUCUUUAAAUUUCUUCAAUGGUUGAAUAGGAUUCAAUAUUAUGAAAAUACCAUGACUGAAGGUAUUUUUUUCUCCUGCUCUUACAUUGCCAAAGUAAAUCUUUUUUCAUAUAUCUUUGUGCAUGUGUGUGAAUAUUCCUUUAGGAUGGCGUUGUCUAAGGUGGAUUAUUACAUCAGCGGUGCAUUCCCUGAUAGGCUCACCUUAGCCUUCCUAAAGGCCUUCAUAACUUUAUAUUUUACCAACUGUAGGGAAAAUGCUCAUUUCCCCAUAUGGCCUUACCUGCACUUAUUUUAUCUGAACAACAACAACAAAAAAUCUUUAAUUAUAUUUCCCUGAUUAAUGAUAAGGUUGAGGUUAUUUUCAUGUUUAUUGGCCAUUUAUAGUUUUACCAUGGAUUGUUUGUUCACAUCCUCUACCUGCUUUCCAAUUGGGUUAUGUGUGGGUGUAUGUUGUUUUUGUUUGUACAGCAUCUCUUUUCCCAUCUUCUGGUAACAGAGCCCUUAUUUAUUGCGGGGAACCCAUUCCCUAUGGCUUAGCUGAACACAUGACCAGGCCUGGCCUCCCUGAGUUCUGCAGCUCCUUACCGUAGCUGCAGUGAUGAAAGCAUAGGUGUGUAACUCAAGCCAGGCUACAGAGAGCUCUCAGCAAACUGCGGAAACGAUUGGCAACACGGCUCACGGAGAUCCCAGGAACUAAGGACUGUGUGUACCAUGUGGGGAGAGUGAGGAGAAGCUCAGAGGCUAGCAGAAAGGACAGAGAACUGAGUUCUGAUGUCAUUUUUCUGGAGGCCCUCGAUCCAGCUGUGCCUAAAGCCUGCCCUACCUCCGGACUUUAACGUUUUGUGAGCCAAUAAAGUCCCUUUCCUGUUUAAGAUAAUUGAAUUGGGUUUCUGUCCUGAUUAAUAUAGGUUAUUUGUAUUUUCUUAUUGAUUUGUAGAAACCUCUGUAAUUUUAAAUUCUAGACUUACACUUUAUGCACUAUAUAGGUUAAUAAAAUUAGCAUGGCCUUCCAUGAUUUGGCCUCUGUCAA